CUGUGUGGGUUCCCCCACAGGAAGAAGGCGCUUUGAUCAUCGAGGGACUUCUCAACAUUGCCUGGGGACUGAGGCGGCCUAUCCGGCUCCAGAUACAGGACGACAGGGAGCGAGUGCACCUCUCCUCAGCCUCCUGGACACCCGGACAGCCCGGCUGCCCCCUAAAGGAGCCACUUCUUCAGGAUGGCAGGGUCCCUGCCCAGGAGCCAAGUACUCAGACAGCACCCAGAGCCGAGAUUUCCAGACACAGCUCAGAGCCCCUGGAGGAGGACGAGGAGACCCCCCAGCUGAUGCGGACCAAGAGUGACGCAGCUUGUGUGAUCCAGAGGAGGCCCCGGGCCCGCGCACCCGGCGAGGCCCAGAGGAUCCGGCGACAUCGCUUCUCCAUCAAUGGGCACUUUUACAACCACAAGACCUCGGUGUUUACUCCUGCCUAUGGGUCCGUGACCAACGUGAGGGUCAACAGCACCAUGACAACUGUGCACGUGCUCACCCUGCUGCUGAACAAGUUCCGAGUGGAAAAUGGCCCCAGUGAGUUUGCGCUCUACAUUGUUCACGAGUCUGGGGAGCGAACAAAAUUAAAAGACUGUGAGUACCCACUGAUUUCCAGAAUCCUGCACGGGCCAUGUGAAAAGAUCGCCAGGAUAUUCCUGAUGGAAGCCGACCUGGGCGAGGAAGUUCCCCACGAUGUCGCUCAGUACAUUAAAUUUGAAAUGCCGGUGCUGGACAGUUUUGUUGAAAAAUUAAAAGAAGAGGAGGAAAGAGAAAUAAUCAAACUGACCACGAAGUUCCAAGCCCUGCGUCUGACGAUGCUGCAGCGCCUGGAGCAGCUGGUGGAGGCCAAGUAGCCAGCCAGCGCCGGCCUCUUCGAAAGCCCCCCAACUGCCAGUGCACACUGAGUGUGGGGGGCCGGGCCCUGACUGGUCACACGGACUGAGAGCCACCGGCUGGGGAAUCAAGCCCCCGCGCUUCUACCUGUCUAUCUGCCUGAGUACCAUGCGCCCCAUGUCCCUGGCUCUUGGCUCCAAGCUGAGCACUCACCGGGCCCAGAGCCAGGCCUGAGGAGCCACAAAUUUGCUCGGUGGGGUCUAUGUGUGAGGCUUGCCUGGGCAGUAAGCAGCCCUGAAGCUGGGGCACUGGCCACAUUAUGUGGCUGGAUGGCGUGGCCAGUCCUGUUCAUGCCACACCUCUCUUGCUCAGGAGAGCAGUACCUGAUCGCGCCCAUGGGGUGUGCGCCCUAUCUGCUUUCCCAGUGCCUGGGCCCAGAGUUUCUGCCUGGCCAGGAACCACUGACCUCCUCAUCCACGUGAACCGUGAGAUCCCUGUCCGGCCUCCCCUCAUGCUGCUACUCAAGACUGUGCUGGGAAAAACACGGGCUGCCAGCAGGUAUGGGAUGUGCCCUGCUUCUGGCCUUCACUUCCCCGUGGCAUCCCUGGCCUCCAAGCCUUUGAUGCCACCCUGUGAGCAUCACACAGCCUAGCACCCUGGCAGCAGAGGUCAGACCCAGGAUAAGACCAUGAGCCUCCUAUCGUCUCUCUGCAGCACUGGCUUCUAACUUUCUCUUGGGACCUGAAGAAUUCUUAUAAGGAGCUUGCUGCAGGAAACAUGGCACUUCGAUCACAUAGAGGAGGAGGCCCACAUGGCACUGGAAGGAUGCCAGCCCAUGUGCAGCAGAGUCCGUGGCUCAGGCAGUGGGUCGGGAAGGCAAUGCUCAGUCCCCAUCACAGCUGUCCCUUGGAUGCCCGUGUGCCUCUUGCUCUUUCUGGGCUUAUUCCUUCACUCUCUUCACUUCCCGUCAAAGGGGCACAAUGAGGAGAAAUAUCUAUUUGAGGAGAAAGGGCUUUGAAUUCCCUGCGGCCAGAACAAUUUGGAUUUGUCAGCUGGUGGAGAAUUUCUGGAAUGAACAGGAAGGCCUUUGCAAAACUAUGCAACAGUUUACAUUGGUCAUGUGAAGUGUUUGUCCAAAACAGAGCAAGUUAAAGACCAAAUUCUUUUCCCACUGGGGCCUGUGGACAGUGGAUUUAAAGAGAAGAACUGUAAAGUCUUCCAAAUAUAAAAGACAGUCCAGCUCUGCUCCAUGCAAUGGCUCCUUCCUGGCACCCAUAAAGAGCAGAGCCUGGGAGCAGCCGUGCUGUGUGGAACCACUGUUCCAGGUGAACUUCAUGCCAGGAUUUCCCUGGCCUAGCUCCAUUGUCACAGAGACAUGCAGCAGUGCCCCAGGGAGAUCCCCGGCAGUAUCUGUCAUCUCUGCUCUCCCUCCCUUUCCUAGUUUCCUAGGAGCUCAAUAAAGGUGCGCUGUAUUGAACUGAA